UUGCACUGACAGACGGACCGACGAGAGAUAGACAUCAGGAAAUCAAUUUAUAAUGUCAUCCUGAUCACGUUGGUAUACAUAUGGUAUAAUCCCAUAUCUCUGACGAUUAGUUCAGGUGUUACAAACAACUUUUUACGGUAAAAAAGUUUUUAAAAAUGUCUCUGCUGCCAAGCACAUUCGUCAAGGGCAUACACGAUGAAGAACUUUCCAAACGUAUGGAGUACCGUACACUGGGUCGCACCGGACUACAGGUGUCGAAAGUCUCAUUAGGCACAGCGACUUUAAGUGAUUUAUAUGGAGAACUAGAUUUGGACGAUGCUAUAGCAAUGAUACACAAAGCUAUAAAAGCUGGCAUUAAUUACAUUGACACAGCGCCUUAUUACGGUCAAGGUCGUGCCGAGGAGGUAUUGGGUAUGGCGUUGAAAACUGUGCCAAGGCAGGCGUACUACAUAGCCACAAAAGUUGGACGGUAUGAAAAGGAUUUGGUAAAGCGAUUUGAUUUCUCUGCCAAAAGAACACGAGAAAGUGUUGAGAAGAGCUUAAAAUUGCUGGGUAUUGAAUAUGUAGACAUUAUACAGGUUCAUGACAUCGAUUUUGCCAAAGACCUUGAUGUUGUAGUCAACGAGUGUCUGCCAGAACUGGUAAAAAUUGUUAAAGAAGGCAAAGCAAGGUUUAUCGGUAUCACCAGUUACAAUCUGGAAGUGCUUAAGGAGUGCGUAAAACGUGCCCCCUGCGUUGAUACCAUACUCUCAUAUUCGCGCCACACGCUGCUGGACGAUACACUGAAGGGAUAUGUGAACUUCUUCCAGCAACAUAAUAUUGGCGUUGUUUGCGCGUCUGCUCAUGCAUUAGGUCUGUUGACCAACGCCGGACCACAGUCUUGGCAUCCCGUUGUUGAUGAUGUGAAGGCGAUUUGCAGCAAAGCGGCGAAGAUUUGUAAGGAGGCCAAUAUUGAGCUUGGCAAAUUGGCUAUGUAUCAAUUUAUGCAGUUGGAAGGAGCGAGCACAUUUUUGGUCGGUAUGGAAACUUGCAAGUUAUUAGAUAUAAAUCUUGCCGCUUAUUACAAAGGACUUAGUAAAAAGGAAAUGGAGAUAUUGCAACAAUUACGUGCAACCCUUUUCACGAAAUCAUACAAUUGGGAUGGCGUCGAAAUAGAGGAAUACCGGCGUGCAUUGUCGAACGCGAAGUAAAUGGGAAUUCAUGUGUGAUAACUUGUCUCUGAUGUAUUUAAUACAAAGCAGUUUAACUAAUUAUCUAAUAUGGAAAUAAAAAUCAACUACAAUUUAAAGAA